AUGCAUGCGACUCUUGAUGAUCUGCCUCCUGAGAUCUUACUCCCCAUAAUCGCAUACACACUCUCCGGUGAAUCCGUCCCCAGCAAUAUCCUGUGCGUCAACCACCAGUUCCGCAACACCGGCGUGGAAUGGCUUUAUAGGAACCUGUGCUUUCGCUCUUCAGAGCAGCUAAGGCUUUUUGCACAGACGAGUGAGAACGCGGGUGUGGUGCCGCGCUCGGUGACAGUCGACCUGACAGGCAAGUAUGCGAGACCAUCAGAUGUCUGGCAGUAUCUCCGGGAGGCGAUGUGCAGGUGUCGCGAUCGUACUGAGACACCGGGGGUAGAGCAGAAGCAGAUCCCAUUGGAGAUCCUUUGUCUGAGACUCCAUUCAUACUCACAGGAUGCCAGCCACCAUGUGUUCGAGGAGGCACUGUCUGUUGUCAAUCCCCGAGUCUUUCAGUGGACCGGACCUGACCCAGAGCACCACUUCUCCACUGCAAUUAUCGCGCCCGUAGCAAGCCGUCUUUGUAGAAUAUUUGGCAUCUGGUCAAACAUUCAAGAUAUCACAGUCACCAACAUCACCUUCUCCUCAGAACUUCCGGGCGUUGACUCGGACGACUCGGUGACACCAUUACUUCCAGAGAUUCCCGGUCUUCGCACUCUCUACGUGGGUCAGGCGAUAUUCCUGAGUCCAGGGUCUGUUGCGGCAAUUUUCUGUGUCAAUGAUAUGGCGAGCCUGGAGAGGGUGAGGCUCGUGGAUGCCUACUGUGAUAGUAUUUGGGGUUCCAGAAUUCGAAGAUCUGAUAUCGAGAAGGCAGCCGAAAUCAUUAUGUUUCCUCAGGAUGUGGUACAGUCUGAAGGUGUGCUUUCACGCAUUCGGAAGCUACUUACAUGCGAGAUGAAGACGGAGCGCAUCAUUGGGGGGGAUCGGGUGGAGGGCAGUAUCUUUCUGGUUUGA